AUGAAUAAUAUUGAUUUUUUGAUCAAAUAACAGACCAUUUACACAACAAAGUAAAAAGAAUUUUUCAAAAAAAAAAAACUACAAGUUGAAAUUGAUGAUUUUCCUUAAUGCCAAGUUUAGGUAGUAACUUCCCCUAAUUAAUCAACCAAAUAUAUUUUGUAAAUGCAAGAAGCUGAUAUAAAAUAAAUCACAAAGUCUUUGCAAAAUCAAUACAUGAUUGAAAUUUUGGAAUUAAAGGAAUGUCGAUUAAAAACUGUGCCGGAUGAAAUAUUUAAAAUGCAAAAGUUAAGAGUAUUGAAAUUGGAAGGAAAUUUUAUAAAAGUAGCACCUGUAAUAAACGUGGAAGUUUUAUCUUUAAAGAAUAAUCUCUUAUUACAUUAUAAGGCAGGGGAAAAAGUUAAAGUGUUAGAUCUUUCUUAAAAUAAAUUACAAGAAUUCAAUUUUGGGAAUUAAUUAGAAGAAUUAUAUAUUGUUGCAAAUGAAUUCACUAUUUUACCAUAAUUGCCUUAAAGCAUAAAAAAGUUGGAAUUAGAUUGGUUUAAAUACACUGAGCCUCCUCUGAACCAAAUUUAAACUUAACCUACAAUAAAUUUAUUAACAAAUCAAUCAGUUAAUUGCAUUGACUUUUUAAAAAUGUUUAGUUAGAAGGAGUUGUAAAAUAAGAUCAUUGAGGCUUCAUUAGCACAGGAUUUAGGUGUCUUGAGCAGCUUGGCAGCAAUUAUGGAUAUAAAUAUUUAAAAUGAAAACGGAGAUACAGCUCUAAGUUUGUCCUUAAAAACGGACAAUUUGUUUUCUGUUAGACAUCUUAUAGAAUUAGGAGCCUAGCUGGAAUUAGGAAGCUAUCCUUAAGGAAAUAUCCUUUCUUUCUCAUUAGAAAAUAACUUGCCCACAAUUAUCAACUUAAUUUUUCCAAAAUUGAAUUCCUCAUUAUUCACUUAUGAUGUGUAUGGAAAUUCUCCUCUACAUUAUUUAAAUAAAUGUGAUUACGAUGACAUUAAUGCAAAAAUUAUUAUGAAGGCAAAAUAAUUAAAUAUUUAAAUGAGCUUUAAUAUUUAUGGCUAAUCGCCUAUUCAUUUAGCCAUAUAAAAAUGUAAUUAUUUCAAUGAAAUAAGCUAAGAAUUGGUUGCUAUCUAAUAUGCUAAAGCAUUAUAAGAUUGAGGCAGAUGAUUUGUUUAUGAUGGCAGCAAGAUACGAUAACUUGGGUGCAGUUAUGCUUUUAAUUAACAAUAAUUACCCUGUUGAGGAAUUUUCUAAAAUUGCCAUCUGUAGAAAUCUCAAAAUCUACAGAGUUUUAAAAAGUUAUGAAAAUUAUAAUAUUAAAAAACAGCUAACAAAAUAGAUGGAUUCUAAAAAUAAUUUCAAUUAUGAAGUAAAAUUGAUUAACAAGAAAGAUAUAUAAUGUAGUAACUUUUUGAAGCAAAGAAAGGCUUAAGAAGACUAAGCAAUUGAUGAAAAUUAAUCUCAAUCACAAAAAUCACAAAAUUAUAUAAAACUAUUGAGGUAAUUUGUACUAUUUUAGACAUUGUUAUCUAAAUAAUAAAAAAGUUAUCUGAUCAAAUAAAUGAUUUAAAGAAUUUGCGAAUUAAAAAUAACUAAAAUUGAUUAAAUAACGAUUCUAUCAGAUAUUUUGUUAACUUUAUAUUUCAUUAAGGAAAAAUAAUUUCUAAGUGAAGUUUAAAAAAACUAUUUCAAUAUCCUUUCAGGCCAUUAAUACUUGUUUUAAUAUGUUAACUCUUUAAAAACCGAUGAUAUAUUGAUUUAAUAUGAAUAGUUUCAGUAUUGA